UGUCCGCCUUACGGUUAGUACGAUUUAGUUAGGAUCCUUGUGUGCUUUGUGGCUAUUAUGGUAUAGUUCCUUGUCCGAUUGAUCAUUCAUGCCGACGCGGUGCCGCAGCUAAACAGCUAAAACCAACUCUAAACACACACACACAACACGACCUGGACACACAGAUACAUAAGAUAAGCAAAAAUCUCCAAGCAUCCAAUGCACUACACCAGCAGCAGCAGUAGUCGACGCGUGUAACAGAGAAGAAGAAGAAGAAGAAGAAGAAGAGGAGAAGGAAAAACCUAUUUAAAAGAAAAACCCAGAGGACCACAACCGCUAUUGCAUAAAGCGAAAGUAUCGUAGCUGUUUUAUAUUGACAUUUUACAAAAGGAAAGGAAAAAAACUCUGCAAAACCGCUAAAGGAAGCGACGAACCCCAAACUCGCGCAAAAAAAAAAACAAAAGAACAAAGCAAAAAAAACAACCCCACAACACUCCUUCGCAAGAGCCUGAGACUGAGCGACGACAACGACAGCAAGGUGGUGGUGGUGUGUGAUAGGCAGCAGCUGCUCAACGUUUGCCAAAUUCUGUCCCCGCCACCAGAGCUGUCAGUGCUGGGGUACCGGUACGUACAGGGGGCAGGCACGACGAUGCUGGCCAUGUCGACGCUGAUGAUGCCGGCACCGACGAUGGCGCUCGGCGCGCCGCAGCUGGCGGUCGGCCCGCACCAGAAGCCGCCGGAAGCGAAGCUGCUCGCCAUCCAUCCGGCCCACACGCAAACGCAAACCACUCCCCAGCAUCAGCUGCAGGCGCAACAGCAGCAGCAGCAGCAGCAGCAGGCGCAACAGCAGCAGCAGGUGGCGGCGCAGCAGCAGCAAGUGGCGGCGCAACAGCAUCAGCAGCAGCUUCAGCAACUGUCUGCAAUUAAGCAAGAGCAUUACCACAUAUUCGUGGGUGAUUUGAGCCCGGAAAUCGAAACGCAAACCCUGAAGGAAGCAUUCGCCCCGUUCGGAGACAUAUCUGAUUGUCGCGUUGUUAGGGACCCUCAAACAUUAAAAUCAAAAGGAUACGGAUUUGUUUCGUUCGUAAAGAAAACGGAAGCGGAAAAUGCAAUUGCGGCUAUGAAUGGGCAAUGGCUUGGUUCGAGGAGUAUUCGAACUAAUUGGGCAACUAGGAAACCCCCUGCAAGCAAAAACGAAAUCAACGCAAAGCCACUGACAUUCGAUGAGGUGUACAAUCAAAGCAGCCCGACCAACUGCACCGUCUACUGUGGUGGGAUCGGUGGCACACUGGCGGGCGGAUUGAAUGAGGACAUUUUGCAGAAAACCUUCUCACCGUUCGGCACCAUACAGGAGAUCCGGGUGUUCAAGGACAAGGGCUACGCAUUCGUAAGGUUCUCCACGAAGGAGGCGGCCACUCACGCCAUCGUUGCGGUGCACAACUCCGAAAUCAAUUCCCAAACGGUCAAAUGCUCGUGGGGCAAGGAGAGCGGCGAUCCGAACAAUGCGCCCUCGCUGGCCAGUCAAGCGCUCAGCCAGACCGGCUUCCCGUUCAACACGGCGUACGGCCAGCAGGUAGCUGGGUACUGGUAUCCGCCGGCUCCCGCCUACCCAGCAACGCCGGCACCGGCUGCCACACCGCUGCAGGGCCAGUUCCUGCAAGGAAUGCAGGGCUACACGUACGGCCAGUUUGCCGGAUACCAGCAAGGAUACAUGGGCAUGGGCAUGCAGAUUCCCGGAGCCUGGCCAGCCGUACCGGCACAGGCGCAACUGCCGACUGCCGCCCAGCAGAUCACGGCCCAGAGCGUUGGCGGAGCGCUGCCCCAGACGGCCGGGGUCGUCGCCUACCCGAUGCAGCAGUUCCAGUUAGCUGAAGACGAAUGGUUAGCGCCAAGUCUUCUAGUGUAGCUUCCCUGAUGGCCAUCACUGUGCGGCUGUGUCUCACAGCGUAAUUAGAAUGCAGAGGGAGAGAGAGAGAGAGUGGAAAAGAAAGUAUUUGAAGAUUUUUCAAAACAAACAAAACAAAUCAGCCUGUUCAUCUAACUAUGUACACAUACUCACACAAACACAUACGAAAUUAAACACACACACACAACUCUACAGACAAGCGAAUACGAUUCCGGUGGUACAAACGAAAAAAAACAACAAACAAAACAAACACAUAAAACGCGAAGCAUCUAUAUAUGCACAAGCGUGCGGCCAUCCGCAUGGUUGUGAUGAACUAGCAAAUGAAACGAUGUGAGACCAGAACAACAGCAACAGAACAACAGACAUACAAAAAUGUAGAAAAAAAAACAAACAAAAAAAAGGAAAAAUUAAACUAAAAUAAAAUGCAAAAAAAAAUGUAUAACAUCCCCUUACUACUGUAGUUAUGACAGUGGUUGCUGAAAACUAUUUCUAAACAGACCGUGCAAGACGGCGGGAUUGCGAAGAAAAAGGAGCAAACAGAAGGGGAAAACAGUUUGAGCUACUACAGGCUGAUAGUUAGCAAACGUCAUCACUUAAUCCAAUCAUCUAUCCAACAGCAGAAACAAACAACCCGGUAGCAUAGACAGACAAACAGACAGACAGAAGCGCAUGAGUGCGCGUAUAUAUAUAAAAAUAUAUAUAUUGAGCAAAAAACCAUGAUAGGCAUAUGUUUGGGAACAUGGACGGAGGGGGGGGGAGGGCGGCCGGCGCAGAAAGACGAAGAAAGCACUAACAAUUUUACUCCUGAUAUUUUUCAUGAUAGAUAGUACUCAUUAAAUGAAACCACACGCAACGCUCCAGACACAGACACCGGGUGUGUGGCACACUUAGGGCAUUUACAUGGCGAAACUGAUUUUUACAGCCAAGCGCAGGUGGUGCAACAAACUACGUAGAACAAAACAAAACAUAAACAGAAACAGUGAAGAGUGAAAAAGCAAAACGAAAACACACGACACCCCCCUCCCGCCUCCUCUCUUCCCUACAACACACCCGUUACAUCGGGUGGGGGUGUGCGGGAAAUGGGGCGGGUGUGUGUGUGUGUGUGUGUGCGUGGUGCCGACAGCAGAAACACUUUGUGAAAACAAUAAUGAUUCGUCCAACGCUAAACGCUAAACUUACCGGUUGACAGACAUGACCAGAGAGAGAAAGAGGGAGAGAGAGAGAGGGAGAGAGAGAAAGGGAAAAAGAGAGAAGUAGAAUUUAUCGCACUAGCGGGACCCAGUGGUACCGGAUGGUUUUGAGAUGUAACAACAAUGACUUGGUAGGCUUUAGGUUUCAGGCAGACAGGCAUUUCUUUUCUUCUUCUUCUUGUUUGAUCAUUUCUCAGUAUCAUUUAUCGCUUACGCGUUCGCAGCGCGAGCGAAGGAACGAACCCAGUGGCAGUUGCGAACAGGCAAGACUGAGGAAGUGCAACCAAUGAAGGAGUUGUCGCGGAUGCAGAUUUCGGCCUCUGCUGAUACGCCGCUCUUCGUUAGAACAUUGGUGCGAUGUAUGGGCACCUUUAGCAGUAUUGCCGAACCAGAACUUCCACUUGCACUUAGCGCCAAAAACGGUUGGCAAAGUUUGCUGCCUGGGUUUGCGUAUCAUAACCGAUGUUUAUGUUCCAUUUUAAAGCUGUUUACUUUGUCUCGUAAUUGAGUGACUGUUGUAAUGUAUUGCAUUUUGUAGGGUUUUUCAUAUUAUAGCAGAUGUAUUUCCUCCUCUUUUUUUCGUGCAGAUUUUUGUAUCAUAUUUGGAGCGUGUUUUUUGUUGUUGUGUUAGAUCACUGACAAACUGGCUUUUUUAAAUGUGUAGUGUAAAACUGUUAUACUGUAUGCAAACUGCUAAUGCUCUCUGCCAAUAAGAAAUCGUAUUACUCGUGUUUUUGUGUUUUUCCUUUUUGUUUCGUUUUUACCGCACACUUACGGACCGUUGUGUGCCGUCGCGUGUGACUUUUGUGCAUACACUCUAGUGUUGUUGUACUGUUGUCCUUAGGUUUUGCCCUUCAAUUCAUUUGAUAUAUAUACAUAUAGUUAUCUGUUUUAUUGACAACCCCAAACGCGUCGUUCCGGUAGUUCCGGAUUUGCACGGAAAACCUGGACACUGCGCGAACACAAAAACACGUAUGUGUAAUGUAUGCGGAAUGGUAUUAACAAAAAUUCCAAAACUGCUAUAUAUAUUUUUUAUUAUUUUACCAAUUUUUGCGAAUAUACAAUGUUUUAUAUAAGAGGAAAAAAACUCGAAGGAGAAGCGAAAUGAAUAUAAAAAUAAAUAAAAAAAACAUUUGUUUAGACCAAAUAUUUUUAAAAUAAAUGAAAGAAAACAACAGUGUCAAUACAAUCAAAAUUGCAUAGAGAACAAAACGAAGUGGAAGAAGAAGAAGAAGAAAGAGAAGCAGAAGUAAAAAUACAUUCAUUUGAAAACCAUUGUGAUGAAAACUAUAACACAACAAAAUAAACAUUAAACCAACAUUGAUCCAUUGAACAGGAAGGCAAAGCGUAGCAAGAAGGGUAGCAAGUUAGAGAUAACUACUAGGGAAAAGUAAUCCAAGAUGAACAUUCAAUGAUGUUUACUCAAACGAAGAAGAGGAUGAAACGACACUGGAAUGAUAAAUUAUAUUGACGACUAAAGAAAACAAUACAUAUAUAUAUAUAUAUGAAAGUAAAUAAAUAAAUAUAUAUAAUUAUAUAUAUAUUAUAUAUAUAGAGGAGCAUCAUGAAGCUCUAGAAUUAAACAUACACUUAUACAUAUACACAAAAUAGAUAGGAGAUAUUUAAUUAACUGUGAACAAUUUACCAAACAACAACAGCAACAUAAACAGCAAACAAAACAAACAAAAAAGGUGGAGCUCUAUAUAUUGAAAUCGUAUUUGGCUCUAGACAAACAAACCUAGAUAAAUAUGAUGGUUUUUUGAAAUGGGAAACACACACACACACACAUACGCGGAAACUAAAUAGCGGCAAAACAUCUUUACACAUGAACAAACGCAUAGGAUUACAUAGAGGAAACAGAAACAAAGGAAAAACUUUCAAAACCAAACUCUUCUAAAAAGUUGCAGACGAACCUGUUUGAAAUGUUGUAUUGUCUUGAGUACAGAAAGAAAGGAAAAAAACACACACACACUACAGCACACAUACAGACGCAUACACAUGUAUUGAAGUAAAUUACAACUCGCAAUUGAAUAAAGAGUUAGUGAAUAGUGUUAAAAUAACGGGGUUUAAACCUAGAACAAACGCGUAAAAUUAAGCAAAAACACACAGUAAGAGUAAAAAAGAAACCGAAACUCAAUCAAAAGCAAAGCAAGAAGAAAAAAACACAUACAAACACAUCUAAUAAAUUCACAAUUACAGAAGAAGAAACAAGAAACCAAUCAAAGAGCAAAAGAGCAAAUAACAAACAUGAAGCAAUUAUUCAAAAACCUAGCGCGCAGCUAACCCGACAGCAGCAAACCGUUGGAGCGCAAUUUAUUAAAGCAAAAGCAACUUAAAAAGGUAUUGAAAAUUGGAUAGAAGCAAUGGCAGAGGAGGGAAAGCAUUUGGUGCAAUGAAAGAUGAGGGAAUGUAGAGGAGGACAGAAUGAGUGAGCCAUUCGAAAAAUCAUUUUAUCGACUCCUCGGUCCCCGAUUCUCUCUGCCACCAUCCCUUUUUCCCGAUGUGAUGUUGUCGUUGCGGGAAGGAAGGUGGAAAACAAAGGUGCGGCAAACUAACCCAGCGCGGGAGAGGACUGCCGCACUGGUAAAUGUCUUGUACAUUGUAGAUGCACAUCAUUUUAAUGUAUUUCGUUUCGAGAGCGAACCCAUUUUUGCUUGGUAACGUACUACUGUAUUUGAUUUCUUAGGGCGUUGCUUUGGACCAACUGUAUCACACAGUUGCCGUUAGAAUAUGAGUUGGGAAACAUGUUUGAUUUGUUUGAAUGUGCCGAUGGUUGAUACAUCAAUUUCUACUCUAGCAAUUUAACCAAAACGAAACAAAACAAACCAAACCAGUGACCAGUGUAGUAGCAAUUUUCAUUGUGACGAUGGUGGUAAGGAUGAAAACCCAAAACACAAGAUGGUAGUGACAGUAAUGGCGUAUGAACUAUACAGAGAGAGAGAGAAACAAAAAGAGAACAGAAAGAGAACAGAAAGCGCAGAAAAUAGUAAUGCAAAGCAAACAAGUCUUCUUACUAUUGGACGAGAUCCCUAAGACACAUUAGAGGAGAUUCCCAUAUCUCGUAUAUUAAAAUAAUAUAUUUACAUAUAUAUACACACACACACACAAACACACGCACAGACACACCCACACACACGUACACACAUGGAGUCCCUAUGACAAAAAAAAACACACACGGAAAUAAGACGGAAAAUGGAAGAAAAAGGUGUUUGUUACUUUAUUUACAACGUAUUUGAACGACGUAUUUGAUUGUAUUUCAGUUGGUGUGUAGUAGCCCUUUUUGGAGGAUGGUUUUGAGUUUUAGAUAAACAUAUAUACAUACAUAUAUUGCGUAUAGUUUGGUAAACCUACCUUCAGCCAAAACGACGCGAGUACGCGAGAGAAACGUAGCACAGCCGUGCAGAAUCUUAAACAACCUUUAACAAUUUAAUCAUUAACGAACCGAACAGAACAGACUUUCUCGGUAGGCUAGACUUUCUACAAACACUAAUAAAAAAAAAAAAAACGAGGCGGACGCGCCAGACCAGACUAAGGGCAUUAAUGAAGCAGGUGUAGCAGCAACCAUCUGUUAAACACUGCAACGCUGCAACACACAGCACUAAAAUAAAGCACCACAAGCGAGGGAUUAGGAAAGUAAAACAGGAAGGAUGGAAGAAACGCAACAACAUAAGUAAAUAAGAUACUAAUCAAUUAAACCUUACCAUUUAAAGCAACAGAAACUAACAGAAUAAAAACAAACCCAAAUUAAUAAAGAAACAAGCAAACAAAACCCACACACACACACAAACACAGUAACAAACAAACGAACAAAGUCAACAGAAACAACAACCAUUUAUAUAGCGAUUAAAAUAAGGAUGGAGAGUAAGCCAAGCUAAAGCUCCCAUAGAACCACACACAGACAAAAAAAAACAUAUAGAAAACAUGUUUACCAGUGCGAAUUAUUAGAUAGGUAUUGGAAUCUUUCAAUGAAGUAAAAUCAAACGAGAACCUACAAGAAGUAGCAAGAGAGAUAAAACUAAACCACUAAAAACAUAAACAAAUACACACACACACACACAUAUACACAUAUACAACAAGCACCAUACUACAAUCGAGCAAAAUCGAAACAAUUGAAACAUGAAUCAAACGUAUUAAUUUGGCCUUUCUUCCCAUAACUCAUCAGCCAAGCCCCUUCCCCCCAGUUUUUACGCGUGUGUGUGUGUUUGUGUGUGAUGCAGAACAAUCUUUAGUAAUGUAUUUGCGAAAACAAAAGCCACAAUAGAGUACCGGAUCCAUACACCAGGAGCGAAUGAAUAUUUAAAUUACAAAACUCAGCAGCACAAAAAAACACACUCACAUACACACACAACAAAGAAGCAAGCUAAGAAAUGUACUAAAAACUAUUGACAGAAACUCUAAUUAAAUGCAAAAAAAUAAUACAAGUUUGGGUUGUGAUGGAAUCGACGACACUCAUGCACCGAGAAAAACAUGGAGAAGAAAAGGUGGCCAAUGAGGAGAAUCAACAAAGGGGGAAAAAGGGAAUGCACGUGCGAGAGUGUAUAAAUAUAUAAAACACAAUACAUGCAUUUGUUGAUCGCGGACAGUAGAGUAGUAGCCGCUGCUAACAAACUAACCAGAGCGCGGACGACGUCCCAGGAGCGUUCUUAAAAGAUAGAAAGGUCUAUUUUUAGUGCAUAUUGUAGCUGAUGAUGAUUUGAGUAUUAAACUGAACCGAACCAAUAGGAACGUUUUCAUUUCUGUCUGUCAGUCUCUCGCAACUCUCUCUCUCUCUCUUUCGCUUUCUUGGUGGGGGCUAGCGGGAGGAUGUCUUUGAGAAGAGAGAGAGAGACAGAGAGAAAGAGAGAGAGAGAGAGAGAGAGAGAGAGAGAAAGGAUGGGUGCUUGAUAGCAACCGGUACCGGAGUGAAGACACUUUUUUCAUAACAAGCAAAGCAAACCAAUUAGAUAGCAAUAGGAAAAUUCUACCGUCGGGCAAUAUAUAUACAUAUACACAUGUGGCAAGCGUUUGUCGGAUGAUGAGAAUGAAUUGAUUUACCGCAAACACUUUACUAAAACAACCUUAAACUUAACCAGCAAAACUAAGCAACAGAAGAAUGGCAAUCGAUAUUAAAAUGCAAGAUGGAGCAGAACCACUGUGUUACCAGUUACUAUAAUACGGGAGACAUAGCAGAAAGGGAAGGAAUAGGGAAGAAAGGCUUUCAUGGUAGCAAAGCACAACACUGCAAUUAAGCGACUACUACUACUACUACUACUCCUACUACUACUAAUACUACAGCUACUACUACACCUACUAUUAAGCAAUCUACACAAACACGCACACAGACACAACACAACAACAGAAAGAGCAACAGAAGUAAACCCAACUAAUCCUACCAUCUAAGAACUUCUCUACCAAGCUACUAUAAGUAUUUACCGAAGAAAAACAAACAAACAAACUCUAUCCAACAUAAACGUCACACAAAGACAAACAAACACACACAAACACACACGAACACACUGCUAGUGAUUACUGAAUACUAUUAACGAUUCCGAUGCCUACCUCUGACGGGAGGAGGGAAGCACACCACCACGUGGAACUGAACUACUGUGAUUUCCUUUUGUUUUCUGCUUAACAAAAACAAAAACAAAACAAAAACGAUUUUUCCCCCAGUUUUGGACCCCUUAUUACUGAUAGCUCCCGAGAGCCAACUCUCUCCCCCCCCCCUCAUCUAGGUUGUUUGUUCAACAUUGCUCAGCUCGAUGAUGAUAGCUCGUUGAUUGUUUAAAACCACUUCGUUGUUGAGUUCGUUAUUUAGAAAAAUUGAAUUGACUUUCGUGUGAGACAAGCAAAGCGCAGGAGAAAAACCGAAAAAAGAAACAAGCGAAUCUAUUUCACUGGAGGAAGAAGAAGGCAAGAAAGGUAGGGAGCCAGCUAAUCCAGCUAAGCAAGCGGCACAAGCCAUGGUUAAGCGUGUGGUUCGGGUAUUACGCUGAUAUUAUUAAGGUAUAUUAAAUAAGGCCGCCAUUCAUCACCACUAUCCCGGGUGCAAGCGGGCAAAACACAGUUGUGUGCAAAUUGUUGUGUUGGAUCGACGUGGAAAAGAGAGACAAAAAAAAACAAAACAAAACAAAACUAUAUGAAAAGCAACGAUCUCGGUUAGUUUUUAAUCGGCAAAGCAAGCAGCGUGCAAUUACAGUAGAGAAUUUAUUGAACUUAGUAAACCAACCAGACCGCCACACCAGACAGACACGCACGGAUAUGGGGAUGGGAUGCGAGCGACGCAUUCGUUCGCGUAGGGUGGAAAUCAUAUGCCAAGCUUUUGAUACACUUCACCUCACACUCGGUUUGGGUUUGUGGGUUCUAUCAGACAGGACAUACACCGGACAUGCACUUGUGCUCCCCAUAGUUGUCGCCGUCGUCGUCGUCUUCGUGCUCGGUUUUGAGUGCUAUUGAAUUUAAUGGCGAACUGCCAAAUGAUCACGGAACACUAAACAGCAUUAAGAAAGUAUGAAGGGAAAGAAGAAGAAGAAGAAGAAGAAGAAAAACAAGAGCUAUGUGAAACCAGAAACAAAACAAGAAGGGGAGAGUUGAAACCAGAGUGUCGAAGAAUUAUUAAGUAUUACAUUAAGGAAAACAAUGAAACAAACAAAAACAAACACACAAAAAAACACACACACACAUGUAAUCGCAAUUGAAUGAGGAAAGCUACUUGUAAGGUACACAAAAAAGAAGACAAAAGAAUACAUAAUACAUGCCACUACAGCACACAAACAUUAUGAUUAAAUAUUGACAAAACAAGAAGCAAGAAAAGAAAAGAACACAAACAAACAAAUCAAACAUAUUAUAUUUAUAAAUGGAACGAAACAAUGAACUGUUUGUAAAACACACACAUACAUAUUUGCUGCUAUAAUAAUGGUUUGAAAGAAGAAGAAAAGAGCAAAUCGUAGCAUAAGUGCGAGGAAACAUGAGAAUGUUCAGUGCGCAAGGUUCUGCGUUAAUACUUUAAAAUGCAAUUUCGGGGUAAGUUGAAAAGUGAAUUAGGAUAUGGAUAAAGAAGGAAAAACAUCACAGAACACACAUACAAACACAUACAAAACCAAAAGCACAUCGUCUCCGCAAGACAUUUAAAUGAGCAAACGGAUUGAGGUGCAUUGCACUUACUCUCAACCCUACUUUGGAGGACUGAACCAAGUCGAAAGGAAGCGAAACAAUGAAACUAACUUGUUAAAUGCAAUAAGGUAAAACAAAACAAAAAACAGUGGGAAAAAUAUAAUACACACAAAAAAGCAACAUACACUUACACAGGCUAAGGGUAUAUGGUGUAAGCGAAACAUUCAUAAAAUCAAGAGGAAGCUCCAUCAGACACACAUAAAUACACAACAUAAACAACACAUGUUAGCACAUUAUAGAUGUAGACGCACAUAUGAAUAAAAAAAAACAAAUAAAAGGAGAAUAAAAAAAGACAAGAAACACACACACCCCCCAAAAAUGUGUAUCAUUACAUUGAGAUAAACAUAUGUAGCCCCAUGCUUAAACCGGUGAUAGUUUACUUGACGCUGCGUCCUAUAGGAAUUGGAAACAGAUGAAUUAAACUACCGCCAUCAAAUCAGAAACAAAAAAUAAACACAUAUUUAAUGAUUUACCCCAUAAUUGAAUACAACAAAAUACAUUAUUUAAAACACUGUUUAAAACAUUUUAGUUAAACACCUCGCCACAUUGGAGUGAUUUGGCUGAUAAUUGGUUCGUUUUUAACACUUAAACAACACUUUUCUAAACAACGAUAAAAAGGCAACCCUCACAACACUCAACAUGUGAUUAGACCGACGUGGGACUAUUUGGAGAUGUAUGUGUGCGUGUACAGUUGUUCACAAAAGUACAGUUCAAUUCAAACUACUAGACGUAAGAAAGUAUACAACAUACGCACACACACACAAACACACACACACAGCAUACACAAACAAUUGCAAGGGCAACAACAAACUACAUUAAAAACACAAAAAAGAGAGUGAAAAAUAUAUACCAAACCAAUGUUUGCAAAUCUAUAAUUUUACAAGUACGAUAUAAAGAAAACAAAACAUAACGAAACAGAAAGAAAGAAAAUAGCGACAGGCAAUAGCUGCUAAAAACGAAGCGAGGGGAAGAACAAGAGAAGCAACUACAAUGUGCUAAGCUGUUUUAAAAUGAAUUAAAUAUAUAUACACACACACAUAUAUAUAUCUGCAUAUUGCGAAAUGAGGCCCCAAAUUUGGGAAACGAGAUGACUCAGUAAUAGUCAAAUUAUGUGCACGGGAAGGAGGCAUGCACGGAAUCGCAGCAUAAGCGGAAACAAUUGAACCAUGAAAUCCAAAAAAACGAAAUUAAAAAAACAAACAAACCAAACCAAAACAGCAAAAACAACAACAACAACAAAUCAACCAUAAACUACUACAGUUGUAUUGACACGAAAAUAUCAAUAAAACAUGAUGAUUAACAAGCAA